UCACAACCUCUCUCAUACACCCAAGACCCGGCAGAGAUGGACAAGCGCGCCAUCCGCCUCCCGCCCAACACCCGCCGCAACCUCUUUCCCAGCCACACGGCCCAGCAGCAACAGCCGACGUCACGGCGCCCCAAUCAUAACGCCCCCUCUGUGCGCCCCGAUAGCCGGGAGAUACAGCCAGAUAUCUUUAUGCAACCUUUGGAGGACGAGCUAGUGGAGAAGGAUGUUCAGGGCGACUACGUUACCCAUGCGCCCGUUCCCGUAUACAAGAAUAUGGGGACAGUGAGUCUGGGCCAAGAGGGCGACGAAGAGGCUGAGCAAGAGAACGAGGUGAUUGAAAUGUACGGAAAGCCGAAUGGGCACUGGGAUGCGGCAGAGCUUGAGGAGGAGAUUAGGAUUGCGCUCCAGAGCAGUCUGAGAAGGAAAGUAGCGAGUUUGGAAGACGAUCGAUGGAUGUUUGAGGGAGAUGGCGAGGGCAAAAAGUGAGUUGUAUGCAUGGCGUCGGUUUGACAUUGUGAUACCCAGGGUGUGUUUGACGCAGAAGUGUCUGGACGGAUGAAGAUGGUUUUGCUGCACU